UGAGUGAGCCAGAAAAAAAGGAGAGGAAAGAUAUCUAAAUACGUAGGGUUGAGGAGGAGCCAACGAAUCCGGAACUCAAUCUGUAGGAUUCCAACACAAUAUUUGACGAGGAUUUAUUCGCGCAUGUGAUUUAUAAUUGAAAGAUUCCCUCUGCAGCUCUCAAAACCACUAACCCUAAUAGCUGAACUCCAAAGAGAUAAAAUAACAGCAAGUGGCCCUCAUCAAUCCUAAGUAUAUAUAUAAAAUCAUUGCCGCCAUCACUUCUUCUCCAUACUCUUGUCUCACUCUAACAGCCAAAGCAUGGCUUCUCUCUCUUGCUCCGCCAACGACCUUGCCCCACUCUUCAACGACACCGCCGCCGCCAACUACCUCUGCGCCCAAUUCGAUUCCAUUUCUAGAAAGCUCGCCGAAACAACCUACGCCGUCGACAACACCUACCUUCUGUUUUCAGCGUAUCUUGUCUUCGCCAUGCAGCUCGGCUUCGCCAUGCUCUGCGCCGGCUCCGUCAGAGCCAAAAACACCAUGAACAUCAUGCUCACCAACGUCCUCGACGCCGCCGCCGGCGGUCUCUCCUACUACCUAUUCGGCUUUGCAUUCGCCUUCGGCGGCCCCUCCAACGGCUUCAUCGGCCGCCACUUCUUCGGCCUACGAGAUUACCCGAUGGGCUCCUCUCCCUCCGGCGACUACAGCUUCUUCCUCUACCAGUGGGCCUUCGCCAUCGCCGCCGCAGGAAUCACCAGCGGCUCCAUCGCCGAGAGAACACAGUUCGUGGCUUACCUUAUCUACUCUUCUUUCUUAACCGGUUUCGUUUACCCCAUCGUUUCGCAUUGGUUCUGGUCCUCGGACGGUUGGGCCAGCGCGAGUCGUAGCGACGGAAAUAUUUUAUUCGGGUCUGGAGUCAUCGACUUCGCGGGCUCAGGCGUUGUUCACAUGGUUGGCGGGAUAGCGGGCCUGUGGGGGGCUUUAAUUGAAGGCCCGAGAAUCGGCCGGUUCGACCGUUCGGGCCGGUCGGUUGCUUUACGUGGCCACAGCGCGUCUUUAGUUGUGCUUGGUACGUUUUUGUUAUGGUUCGGCUGGUACGGCUUCAACCCUGGUUCGUUUCUGACAAUAGCCAAGGGGUAUGGAAGUGGAGGGUAUUAUGGUCAAUGGAGCGCUAUAGGGAGGACAGCUGUCACGACGACAUUGGCUGGGAGCACUGCGGCUCUGACGACGUUGUUCAGCAAGCGGUUAUUGGCUGGCCACUGGAACGUGAUUGACGUGUGUAACGGCCUGCUUGGCGGGUUCGCUGCCAUUACAUCGGGCUGUGCCGUUGUGGAACCGUGGGCCGCGAUUGUGUGUGGGUUUGUGGCGGCGUGGGUUUUGAUUGGGCUUAAUAAGCUUGCCGCGAAGGUAGAGUACGAUGAUCCGUUGGAGGCGGCGCAGCUUCACGGCGGGUGCGGCGCGUGGGGUGUUUUCUUCACGGGAUUGUUUGCGAAGAAAGAGUACGUGGAGGAGAUUUACGGUGUUGGAAGGCCGUUCGGGGCUUUGAUAGGUGGCGGAGGGAGGCUGCUGGCGGCGCAGGUGAUUCAGAUAUUGGUGGUGUGCGGGUGGGUUACGGCGACCAUGGCGCCGUUGUUCUAUGGGCUUCAUAAGAUGAAACUGUUGAGAAUUUCGAGGGAUGAUGAGACUGCGGGGAUGGAUUUGACGAGGCAUGGUGGGUUUGCUUAUGCAUACCAUGAUGAUGAAGAUGGUUCAAGCAGGGGAGUAGGAUUCAUGAUGCGUAGAAUUGAGCCUGCUGCUAGUACCACUCCCUCUCCCCCCGCUGCACCACAAGUUUAAUCAAAAUGUGGUUUAUGAUUUUCAAGCGUUUUUUAGUUUGGUACCUGCACAUAGCUAUGGGCAAAGCUAGCCUAGUCAAAACCAUAUACAAGCAAGACACCAAGGAUGCAUAUAUGAAGUAUAAAAAUUAAUGCCUGGGGGUCAACAUUUAAGAAAUGUCUUCUAGAGUUACUGUACAUUUUAAAAUGUUUGUUGGCUUGGUUUAUUAUUUUCAUCUUUGAAUUCCAAGACUAGUUUGGUCGACUGUUGUCACGUUAGUUUGUAUCCUGCUCCAGAAUAACUUGCUUGUAAUUGUAUACUGAUUAGUUGAUAUAUAGUGAUAUAUUAUAUA